CAUGUUGAAUAGAAGAAUCUCUCUCUCUCUCUCUCUCUCUCUCUCUCUCUCUCUUACACCGACAUAACAGAACAACUUUACCUUUACAAUGUAGCUGUGUUGGCACACCAAAGAAAAAGAACAGUUAUUAUUAUCACUGUUAUUUAAACAAACAAAACAAAACAACUUGCCAACUUAUACUUUUGCUUCAUUUAGAUUGGAGAAAUGAACUUCUACAAGAGACUUUGGUAUCUCUCAUUGUUGUUAGUAUUGUUUCUUGUUGCAAAUGGGGAAGACCCUUAUAGAUUCUAUACUUGGAAUGUUACCUAUGGUGACAUUUAUCCUCUUGGGAUUAAACAACAGGGGAUAUUGAUAAAUGGACAGUUUCCAGGACCACAGAUUGAAUCUGUCACCAAUGAUAACUUGAUCAUCAGUGUUUUCAAUAGCUUGAAUGAACCUUUCCUUAUUUCUUGGAAUGGUGUGCAACAAAGGAGGAAUUCAUGGCAAGAUGGAGUAUAUGGUACAAACUGUCCAAUCCCAGCAGGGAAGAACUUUACUUAUGUUCUUCAAGUUAAAGAUCAGAUUGGUAGCUACUUUUACUUUCCUUCCCUUGCAUUCCACAAGGCUGCAGGUGGUUAUGGUGCCUUCAAAAUUAACAGCCGUCCCUUGAUUCCUGUACCUUUUCCUCCUCCAGCAGCAGAUUUCUCCAUUUUGGCAGGAGACUGGUACAACAGAAAUCACACUGAUCUGAAGGCCAUUCUUGACAGUGGAAGUGACCUUCCUUUUCCUGAUGGGCUUAUCAUCAAUGGUCAUGGUUCUAAUGCUUAUACAUUCACUGUUGAUCAAGGCAAGACUUACCGAUUCCGAAUAUCAAAUGUUGGACUCAAAACUUCCAUUAAUUUCAGAAUUCAAGGACAUAAGAUGCAGCUAGUUGAAGUGGAAGGAAUCCACACACUACAAAACAGUUAUGAUUCCAUUGACCUUCAUUUGGGGCAGAGUUACUCUGUCUUGGUUACUGCUGAUCAGCCACCACAAGACUAUUAUAUGGUCGUCUCAACCCGAUUUACCUCUCAAGUUUUGACCGCUACCUCCAUUCUUCAUUACAGUAACUCAGCAAGAACUGUUUCUGGUCCUCCUCCUGCAGGCCUCACUACUCAAAUUGAUUGGUCUCUCGAACAAGCUCGCUCCCUCAGGAGGAAUCUGACAGCCAGUGGACCAAGACCUAAUCCACAAGGAUCAUACCAUUAUGGUUUAAUAAACACAACGCGAACAAUUAGACUCGAAAACUCUGCACCAAUUAUCAAUGGCAAGCAAAGAUUUGCUGUCAAUAGUGUUUCUUUCAUCCCUGCUGAUACGCCGCUUAAACUGGCUGAUUACUUUAAGAUUCAAGGAGUUUUCAGCCUUGGAAGUAUCCCGGACAGCCCUUCGGGUGGUGGUGGUUAUCUUCAGACUUCUGUCAUGGCUGCUGAUUUUCGAGGAUAUGUCGAGAUUGUGUUUGAAAAUCCUGAAGACAGUUUGCAGUCUUGGCAUAUUGAUGGCCAUCACUUCUUUGUUGUAGGAAUGGAUGGAGGCCAAUGGUCAGCUGCAAGCAGGUCAAAUUACAAUUUGAUAGACACAAUUUCACGUUGCACAGUUCAGGUGUAUCCAAAUUCUUGGACUGCAGUGUACAUGCCUUUGGACAAUGUUGGAAUUUGGAAUGUGAGAUCAGAGGACUGGGGUCGUCAGUACUUAGGACAACAAUUUUAUCUUCGUGUGUAUUCCUCAGCUAAUUCAUGGAGAGAUGAGUAUCCAUUACCAAGUAAUGCUUUGCUGUGUGGUCGAGCUGUCGGUCAUUGAAUGAACUCCUUCGUUACAUCGUUACGAAGCUUCGUUCAUUUUCUAUGAAGCACUAACACUGACACAAACGCCAAAUGCAAUACUAACACUAACAAAGUAUAUGAAAAUGGAGUCGGUGUCCACAUAGUUUGUUUCCUUUUCAAGGCUUAACUUGAGCCAUUUUUCCUUUGUACUUGUCAACAUUUACUAUAGAAGAUUGAAAUGUAGGACAUACUGACAUAGAUUGCUCUAUUCCUUCUCUUUUUUAAGUCUUAAUUUAACUUAGUGGUUCAUUUGCCACAUGACGUUGAUUUGUGAACUACUAGUAUAUGUAUUGGUUAUCUUUGGUACUUUGAAUUUUUUGUUAGGCAAUGGGACAAUGAUGUUUUGGAUAGGCAUGCAACUACCACCAAAUAAAUCAUUGACCAUGAGUUAAUUGACAAAUCCCACGAUCUGCAUCUACUGAUAUCAGAAGGAAAUUAACAAGUUUUGUUGUUUUUAAUGCAAAAAUCAAUUGUAUUUUUCUAUUUA